AUGGCCGCCGACAUUCAAGGCAACGGGGGAAAUGGCGAUAAUGGCCAUGUUUCUCAGAGUGGCCUGAACGGACUGAACGGACUGAACGCCAAAAAACUGCCCCCCAGAAAGCGCCCACACCAUGCCGACUCGCCUUAUCAAUCAGUUGGUGACUUCCUCUCAAACACGGACAACUUCCAAAUCAUCGAGAGUACCUUAAGAGAAGGCGAACAAUUCGCCAAUGCUUUUUUCGACACGGAGACAAAGAUCAAGAUCGCCACCGCCCUUUCAGACAUGGGUGUAGAGUACAUCGAGGUCACGUCGCCGCUCGCGUCACCUCAGUCACGGAGAGAUUGCGAAGCCAUCUGCAAGCUCGGUCUAAAGGCCAAAAUUUUGACGCAUGUCCGAUGCACGAUGGAAGACGCCAGGGUAGCUGUCGAGACCGGUGUAGACGGCGUUGAUGUCGUGAUUGGCACCUCCAAGCACCUUCGAGAACACUCUCACGGCAAGGACAUGGCCUCCAUCACCAAGACCGCCAUUGAGGUUAUUGAGUAUAUCAAGAGCCAAGGUUGCGAAGUCAGAUUCUCCUCAGAAGACUCUUUCCGAUCCGAUCUAGUCGACCUUCUUUCCUUGUACAAGGCCGUCGACGCUGUCGGCGUACACCGUGUUGGUGUUGCCGACACUGUCGGAUGCGCCAACCCACGACAGGUUUACGACCUUGUUCGCACUCUGAGAGGUGUCGUAUCCUGCGACAUUGAGACGCAUUUCCAUAACGACACUGGCUGCGCAAUUGCAAACGCGUAUGCCGCACUUGAGGCUGGUGCUACCCAUAUCGACACUUCGGUGUUGGGCAUCGGCGAGCGGAACGGGAUUACGCCCCUUGGUGGUCUUCUUGCUCGCAUGAUUGUCGGCAGCCACGACUACGUCACGUCCCGAUACAAGCUCCACAAGCUCAAGGAGAUUGAGGACCUCGUUGCCGAGGCGGUUCAGAUCAACGUGCCCUUCAACAACCCGAUUACCGGUUUCUGUGCCUUUACUCACAAGAGCGGCAUUCACGCCAAGGCCAUUCUCAACAUGCCCAGCACCUACGAGAUCAUCAACCCCGCUGAUUUCGGCAUGAGCCGAUACGUUCACUUUGCUUCCAGACUGACUGGAUGGAACGCUAUCAAGAGCCGCGUCGAACAGCUUGGUCUGUCCAUGACGGACGACCAGGUGAAGCAGGUAACGCAAAAGAUUAAGCGAAUGGCCGACAUCCGCCCCCUAGCCAUUGACGACACAGACUCUAUCAUACGUUCCUUCCAUUUAGAUAUCCAGAGCCAAAACGGACAAGCACGCGAACAGCAGGCGGCGGGAGCGGCGGCGGGAGCGGCGGCGUAG